AUGUUUAGAGAGCAGCAAGCAAAGACACGCAACCUUGAGCUUCUUGGAAAUGUGGAGAACUUGGCAUCAAAAAUUAAAGAAUUCUCCAUUGAUUGUAGCAGGCUACUUCAAAAGAGGUUGGAGUACAAUAAUCAUAUUACCAGACUGAAGAAAGACCGAAAGAAAAUGGGGAGCAGGGGGGAAUCGGAAGCGGACGAGCUCCCGAGCAGGUUCCAGCUUCCCAGCAUACAGGGAUCAUCACAGAGUGCUGUCAUCUUCACGGGUCACCAUACCUCCAACGGCUCAUCAAGAAAUGAUGGCGUCACAACCACACGUUCACCAUCUCAGACAGAGCUGAUACCUAAUCAUCCUUCACUCUCUCCUCUACAAAAUGGCCUUUGUAUGCACUCCCAUGUUUUAAAAGCCAGUGGCACUAUCAUUUUAUCUGAUGACAUUCUAAACUCAGGUGAUUUCCUUGAGGAGAGACAUUUGAGUGACGUGCGUGAAAAGCAGAUGGAGUCUGACUGGGACGUCUCUCAGAGGGCAGGAGAGCGGCAUAGAUGUGAAGAACUAAAGUCACCUCACACGACCCUGAAGGAAGUUGAAGUGUCCUCUCAAUCUGUGACCGCGAAGAAGCCUGCAGACAUUGUGUCAUUAGAGCAGUAUCUGAACCGCAGUCCUUCCCCAGAUACCACUGAUCCAAGAGAUUCCUCACAGUACAUGAACUCUGGAGGUGAGGAUGAGGAAGGUGACUCCACGCCAAGACAUCAAGAUCUUUCAGAUGACACUAACAGCAGACAUCACGCUUUGAGAGGAGAUGUUGUAAUUCAAGAGCAAAGUGUAAUACCCUUUCAAACACACAAGCAGGUCAACACACAGGAAUCUGGAAGACUUCACUCUCUCGAAUCCCCCAACAGGUACAGUUGCUUGGAUUGUUUGACUAAUUUCUUCUUUCUGAACACAGCCAGAAACUAUGGACCCAAAGACUGGCCCUACUGA